UAUUUAUCCAUCACAACAUUCAUAACACACGAGAAAUAUUAAAUUUAAAUAAUAAUACAUUAAAGCCAAUACCAAAUGCCAAAUAAUGAAUAACGAUUAACGGUAGUAUUCAAACUGUCCGUCUGUCUAAAAUGRCAUACAAUUAAUUGUUGUCUAUCACUUGAACUAAAUAAUUACACAAAUGGAACAGUAUUUUCCAACAAUUAAUGAAGGAAAAAAGUAUGAGACACGUUCCACAAUGGGUUCAAAAAUAAAAAUAACUAAGAAUAUGUCCGUGAUCAGAAGCCAUAGAUCUAUUCUGAGUGAUGGAAUAAUAAUGAAAUCAGGAAUAGGAAAACCAUCAAUAUACCAUGCUUUGGUUAUUAUAUUCUUAGAAUAUUUUGCUUGGAGCUUACUUACUUUACCAGUAAUAUCAAAAUUAAAUAAUACAUUCCAAGAUCAUGCUUUGCUCAUGAAUGGUAUUAUUUGGGGAAUAAAAGGUAUUCUAUCAUUCCUAAGUGCCCCAUUGAUUGGUGCCUUAUCUGAUGUUUGGGGGAGAAAAUUAUUCCUAUUAYUAACAGUAUUUUUCACUUGUAUUCCAAUACCUUUCAUGUGUAUUGACUCUGGCUGGUUUUUUGCCUUGAUAAGUAUUUCUGGGUUAUUUUCAGUAACAUUUUCAGUUGUAUUUGCUUAUGUAGCAGAUGUGAGUGAUGAGAAAGAAAGAAGUUGUUAUUAUGGCUGGAUAACUGGAACAUUUGGAGCUAGUAUGGUUUUUGGACCAGCCCUUGGUUCAUAUAUCAUGGAAAUUUACAAUACUAGUUUUGUUGUAUUUUUAGCAUCAUUAAUAGCACUUUUAAAUGUGUUUUUCAUAAUUGUUGCUGUUCCAGAAAGUUUACCACAUAAACAACGAACAUCUACUAAUUGUAUAUCUUGGAAAAAAGCAGAUCCAUUUGUUGCUUUAAGGAUGGUUGGUCGAGAUCGAACUGUAUUGAUAUUAUGCUUAACUGUGUUUUUGUCAUAUCUUCCUGAAGCAGGAGAAUACUCUUCAUUAUUUGUAUAUUUGAGACUUGUAAGUGUUGAAAUUUAA